GAAGGUACCGUUUACACUGUGGACGCGCUCUGGAUGCACCUCAGUUAGGAUCGGGGCAGCAGAGACGCAGUAGAACCUGAACCUGGUCGAGUUUUGACCCAGUCUAACGAGUCCUGUGCCGAUGAAAACGUGCUAAGCUUCCGCUGCCGGACAGCACACUAACACUUUUACCCGUCCGGAAACCGGAGCGGAACCACCCGGGACGUGAAAAUGUUUUAAAGCGUCGGCGUAACUUUGCGGGACAAAGGACGACUACAGGAGCUCCAGUGUGCUGCUCGGCCUCCUGCUGUGAAUGCAGACAUUGUGACGUGUGUACCUGUAGUGAUGGAGACACUCUGAGGGGUGACAGCGGGAACGUCCUCACCCGUCUCCCCCUCCCCGUGCCCGUCGAAGGCUGCGCAGAUGUUUUCGCUCGGCCAGGACAACAUCUCCACCUCCCCCGCCUCCACCAAAGGGCCGGUCAAAUAUGGAGAGCUCAUCGUUCUGGGGUGUAACGGCUCUCUGCCCGGCGGAGACAAGGGGCGGCGGAAGAGCCGCUUCGCUCUGUGUCGCAGGAACAAGGCCAACGGCGUGAAGCCCAGCACCGUGCACUCGUCCUGCACGCCUCAGGCUGCCAAGGCGAUAAGCAACAAGGAGCAGCACAGUAUUUCAUACACUCUGUCCCGGGCCCAGACGGUGGUGGUGGAGUACACCCACGACAGCAGCACAGACAUGUUCCAGAUCGGCCGUUCCACAGAGAAUCCCAUCGACUUUGUGGUGACCGACACGGUGCCCGGCGGUCAGAGCCACGCCGACGGUCAGACGGUUCAGAGCACCAUCUCCCGCUUCGCCUGCCGCAUCAUCUGCCAGAGGAACCCGCCUUACUCUGCGCGGAUCUACGCCGCGGGCUUCGACUCGUCCAAGAACAUCUUCCUCGGGGAGAAGGCGGCCAAGUGGAGGAUGCAAGACGGUCAGAUGGACGGACUGACCACCAACGGCGUUCUGGUGAUGCACCCGUGCCACGGCUUCAGCCAGGAGUCUAAACCCGGAGUGUGGAGGGAAAUCUCGGUCUGCGGCAGCGUCUUCAUGCUGCGGGAAACCAGAUCGUCUCAGCAGAGGGGCGAGAUGGUGGAUUCGGAGUGUAACGAGCUGGUGGACGGAUCGCUCAUCGACCUGUGCGGCGCCACCUUGCUGUGGCGGACGGCUGAGGGCCUGGCGCACACGCCCACCGUCAAACACCUGGAGGCUCUGCGGCAGGAGCUGAACGCCGGGCGGCCGCAGUGUCCCGUGGGCUUCAACACGCUGGCCUUCCCCAGCCUUCACCGCAGAGACGUCGUGGACAAGAAGCAGCCCUGGGCCUACCUGCGCUGCGGCCACGUGCACGGCUACCACGGCUGGGGGAGCCGCCGUGACCCCGAGGUGGAGGCGGAGUGUCAGGAGAGAGAGUGCCCCAUGUGCCGGGCACGGGGCCCCUACGUGCCGCUGUGGCUGGGCUUCGAGGCGGCCUUCUACGUGGACGUGGAGCGCCCCACCCACGCCUUCGUCCCCUGCGGUCACGUCUGCUCGGAGAAGACGACGGCGUACUGGAGUCAGAUCCCGCUGCCGCACGGCACGCACACCUUCCAGGCCGCCUGCCCGUUCUGCAUCCAGCCGCUGAGCGGAGAGUCCGGCUGCAUCAGGCUCAUCUUCCAAAGCCCGUUGGACUAGGAAGACUUCCUACCUCAGGAGAGGCAGACACAACAAUACGCUUUGACUUUUACCUUUACAUAACUUAAUUUUUUAUAACUUAAUUUAACUUAAUUUUGACCACAUCGAUGCCUUCGUGGGGUUGAUUCCUGCCCUUUGCUGAAUAUCAGGUGUGAUUCGGGCAGCGCCGCCCUCCUCUUCCUGCCUGAAGCUGUUCCUUUACCUCUCAGUGACGUGAUUUUGUGAACCAGCAGGAAGGUUUUCCAGCAGCUGAUGACGGACUCGCUGCCUUACAGGACGUCAUCACUGCGGUCUCGGCGUCUCCCUGUCAUCCUGUUUCUACUGUAACGGCUUUUCUCUGCAGGAACAUGAAAAGCCAAUCAGUUACCAAGUGACCUUCGUCUGUAACACAGAAUUACUGUAUUUUAUGAUCUUAAUACAAGCUUUGUAUCGUAACAAA